CGUGCGGGUGCAUGCAUGUGUCGAGAGCGAGAAAGAGAGCGUGUCAGCUGAUCCAUCCGUUACCGUUAAUUUACCGACGCUGCGCCGACCCAUGGGAACUACUAAAUAAAUACUCGUACUUGUUACUGUUCUCUGAAAACCCCCCCCCACCCACCUGCCCGAAAUCAAUUUCAAAUGAUAUUCGAUUAUAAUUUCUAAAUUUUGCAUGUGCCAAUAAAAGUUUAAAAGGAGAGAAAGAGAAAGUGAAAGUGUGUGCGUUAUGUGUGUGCCAAAUUAGUUGAAAUCAAAAGUUAACAGGAAAAACCAAAACCAAAAUAAAAGAAUACAACAAAAAAAAAACAACAGCAACAACAACAGCAAAAAACGAGUUGCAGAUGGAAAGCAACGCAUUUGGCAGCAGCCAUUUGCCAUCUCAAGCGCUUGUUGUUCUAUCAGAGGCCGCUUCCGGUUUGCAUGAGGCUCUACGUGGACAACGUCCGUUUCCAUCGAGAUUUUUCCCGUUUCAGUUACCUGACGCCAAAGAUCUACACAACAUGUCACUAGUCGGCAACUACUUCCAUCCGCAUCUGCUGCAGACCCUCAACCAUGGAAUGCUGGUGGCCAACGGCGCCGCUGCCGCGGCGGCAGCCGCCGGUGCGGGGCCCGCGAGUUACUUUGCCAGCGAUAGAUCGCCGCUGGGCAAACCGUCAGUGCUGUCGAACUUCUCGCUGCCGUCGGCAUUCUCGCCUCCCAAAUAUAUUGGCAUAUCGUUGGAUCAGAAUCUGUUCAAUGGCAGCGAAUCAUUUCGCACGGAUUCGGCGAGUCCCACAUGCACAUCCCAUGAAUCCAUGGAGGGAUCACAGGAUUACGAUGCCGUUGAAAAGGGUGAAAGUCCGCGCAGUAAUAAUUCUCAGGAUCCCAGGGAUUUGAGACAUCUGCAUAAUGCGGGGAAGGGACACCCGGCAAUGGCCACCUCCUCGGCCUCGGCAUCGGCCUCCAGCUCGUCCUCAUCCUCAUCCUGCUCGACCAGCAAUUCGGCACAAAUCAGCACCCCAACCAGCAGUGUGGCCGUUUCGAUGGCCACACAUCUGGCCGCCUCGCCCCAUCUGCAUCACACGCACUCGCACUCGCAUUCGCACUCCCAUCCGCAUCAGCAUCAGCAUCAACAUCAGCAGCACUCGCAUUCGCAUCCCCAUCAUGGCCAUCAUGUGGGGGCGCCGCCAGGCUCGGUGGCAACGACACACCAUCACAUGGCCCAUCCGCAUCCGUUGUCCCAUCACCAUGCGGCCCAUCAUGCGGCGCUGGCCAGCCUGAGCAUGGCCGGACUGCGUGCGGUGCCGGGCGGGCUGAGUCUGGUCAGUGGGCUGCAGGCAGCGGCUGCCGGCGGGGCCAUACCCGAUAUGUGUCCGGUGUGUGGGCUCAAGCUGAGUCCGGAGGAGUGGCACACGCACUUCCUCACGGAGCUGGAUCGACUCUACAAGCUGAGUGCGGGCUUCGAGCGGGCCAAUCUGCAGGCGACAUAUAUGUUUGCUCCACCCUGUCCGGCCCAAGAGAACGCCAUACGCACCAGUCACAAUCGCUGGGAGACAUUCCAGCGGAUACGCAACAAUCGGCAGAACCGCCUGAGACUCAAGGUGCGCAAGCGCAAAUACGGCGAAAUGUACAUGAUGGAGAGUCUCUACUGUAGCAGCUGUCCGAUCUGCAAGCGAAAGUAUGCCCUGGAAGCGGGCAAGCUACCCGAGGACGAUGCCAAGUCGCAGGAGGAAAUCGAAACGGUUGACGUGGAGAGCUGCACGGAUGAUGUGCCCGAUUCGGGCUCGGAGCUGGCUGGCCCCGGAUCGGUGGCCUCCGCUGGCGUCGUGACGAUACCCACCAGCAUGCACAACAGCAACGCGCAGCCGGGCAAGCUGGAUGGCAUACUGUACCGCACGGCCUGCGUCAUGAACCAGAAGGAUGUGCACGGCGAUGAGCAGGAUGUGAGCACCAAUGUGACAACAGCCAGCAGCAGCAGCAGCAGUAGUUGGCCAACGGGCGAACCGCCUCAGGCACAUAUCAGUGUGAAAAACGUCAGCGAGCUGUCAUCCACCACACAUCACUACUACAAUGCCGACUCCUGCGGCGUGGGCGUCAAUGACAACAACAGCAGCAGCGGCAACGGCAACGGCAACAACCACAGCGGUGGCGGCAGCAGCAACAACAACAAGGAGCUAAUGAUGGACACGGCCUCGUGCCAGAACGAUAGCGAUGAGGAUGUGAUUGUGGAUGAUGAUGACAACAACACCAGCAGCAUGAAGAUGACGAACAAAAUGAAUUACAACAAAAUGCAGCAGCAACAGCAGCAGCAGCAGCAGCAGCGACGGCAGGAGGAGCAGAAUGUGGGCAGCAGCAGAUCUCUGGAGAACAUUUCACCCGUCGAAGAGCGUCCCCGUUCGGAGCCGCAGGUUAGCAGCACCGAUCCCGGACCCAUGGAUAUCUCCCACAACAACAACAACAACAGCAGCAGUAGCAACAACAACAACAACAAUACACCAACAUCGAAAUAUGUGGAGAGCAUGGAGAACAGCCUGUCGCAGCUGUCAUCGAUGGGAGUGCCGGGAUUAACGCAAUUGGACACAAAGGUGGGAAUUAGUUCGGAUUUAAAACCGGACGAUGAAAACAAAUGUUUCAUUUGUAAGACAGGCAUAAAGGAUCUCAAUACGGAUGCGUUCCUGCGCGGUCGUAACUUCUAUUUUCAUCAGAGCUGUGCCAAUGUCAUGAGCAGCUAUCGCUUGAACAAGGAGCUGCUCAAUCAGGCCCAGAACCAACAGCAACAGCAUCAGCAACAGCAGCACCAGCAACAGCAACAGAGGACUGGCGGCGCAACUGGCUCCGGACCGGGAGGAGAGGCAGCAUCAACGCCCCGCAGUUUGUCCCCAGCCCAGUCGCCGCAGCAGAGUGUGGGCCAGGCCAUGGAGUAGAGGUGACAAAGGUCAAAGGUUGAUAAUUGCAAUCAAAGCGUGAAUUUAUUAAAAUUAAUUAAUAAAACAAAUAUAUGUAUUGUAUUGUGCGAGUAUUUGUGGUAGCUAAUGGAGCAAAUUGGUAUGCAAAUUUCUGUUUAAUUGGGCAUAUCUACACUCCCCUCCCCAUCCCUGUGUUCCCACCACCCUCCUUUUUGUGCUCUGUAAAAAUUCGGCAUGUAAAUUAAAUUUUGUUUUUAACCGUUUUGAAAUGGAAAUUCUACUAGUGCAAUUUAUGUGUUGCCUUUUCAAACUGUCUUAUAAAUAUAUACCCUACCAUAAUAUAUCCGAUCCGUGUAUAUGUAAUAUGUAUUCGUAAUUUCCCUGAACGUGCUAUAAUUGUUAAAUAUUUGAUUGAUCGGAACAAACAAAACAAAACAAAACAAAAAAACAAAUAACAUAAAUAAAUACGAGAAAUGAGAAAUAGUUUCAACAUUAAGCAAAUAAUUAGUUGUAAAUUCUUAAGCCCAUAAAUUAUUUAUGACAAAAAUCAAAUAAAUACAUGAAAA